AACGCACUGUCACGGAUGUCAGCUCUCAAGGCAUCUGGCAUUUCUGGCAGUACGUCAAUUUCUCCUUUAACGAAAAGUUUUGGUCAUAGUGUGGAUUUCGGCGGCAAGAUUGAGAAAAUUUGCGAAAGUUCACCUCCAAAAAUUGCAAAGAUGGAUAGUAUGGAAAUAACGCCAACUACCAACAACCACGUAGCGAAAAUCGAGAAGAUGGAGGAUGUUCCUGCCGAAGAAAUGACCUCUAGGGACUAUUACUUUGACUCUUACGCCCAUUUCGGCAUCCACGAAGAAAUGUUGAAAGACGAAAUCCGAACUACCACGUACAAGAACUCUAUGUACCAUAACAUGCAUCUUUUCAAUGGAAAAAUUGUCUUGGAUAUAGGCUGUGGAACCGGAAUUCUUAGUAUGUUUGCUGCAAACGCUGGAGCUAAGAAAGUCAUAGCCGUAGAGUGCUCGAACAUUGUAGAAUAUGCGAAAUUGAUCGUUGAAACUAACAAACUGGACCAUAUUAUCACCGUUGUUAAAGGUAAAGUAGAAGAAAUCACACUUCCCGAUGGCAUCGAAAAAGUCGACAUUAUCAUAUCGGAAUGGAUGGGCUAUUGCCUGUUCUACGAAAGCAUGCUGGACACCGUACUUUUCGCAAGAGACAAGUGGCUCAAGCCCGAUGGCCUGCUCUUCCCUGACCGCUGCUCUUUGUUCAUCACAGCCAUCGAGGAUCGUCAGUACAAAGACGAGAAAAUUAAUUGGUGGGACAAUGUUUAUGGCUUCAACAUGAGUUCAAUUAGAAAGGUAGCAAUAAGUGAACCAUUAGUUGACGUUGUGGACCCCAAACAGAUUGUUUCGAAUCCGGCGCUGGUGAAGGAAGUGGAUCUCUACACGGUGAAGAAGGAAGAUUUGGCAUUCUCGUCAAACUUUAACUUGUUGGUGAGAAGAAACGACUAUGUCCAAGCGCUAGUUACCUAUUUCACUGUGGAGUUCACCAAAUGCCAUAAACGAAUCGGGUUUACCACUGCUCCAGACGCCCCAUACACUCACUGGAAGCAAACGGUAUUCUACUUCGAGGAUUACAUGACUGUGCAAAAGGGCGAGGAAAUCCACGGUACUUUCACUAUGAAGCCGAACACCCGGAAUAACCGCGAUCUGGACUUUGUGAUUAAGUUGGAUUUCAAAGGGGAACUUUGUGAGGUGUUUGAAGAGAAUCGGUACCGAAUGCGUUAGACCAUGGUUGUUCCUAACUGGACGCAGCCGUAAGCUUAUCUUAUACCCUCUACCCGAUUUGCCUAGAUUUCAGACAUCAAGAUUCUACAUAACUGGUUCUACGCAGGCAUAUUGUUUUUGUACUAGUUAUGUAGAAUAAAACAGUGCUACUUUAUCAACAGUUCCAAAAUUUUCAAUUCGUUUUAGCCGUUGUGAUUUUAGGGGCAAGAUUUAUUUUAUUAAUUAGCAUUUAAGUAACCCUCUUUUGUAAUUAAGAUAGGUACUACUUAUUUAUGUGUAUUAAUGAGUGAGUAUUCAGUAAACUUUUUAAAAUCAUCCAUGGUAUUUAACAUUGUGCAAAGUUUCAUUAGAAUCAAACGACAACUUUAUUCAAAUAAAUUUACUUACUGGCUAA